GGAAAGCAGACGGAGGCUUUGAAGUCCACACUCCUUCCUCUGCCGCCGCCCAGUCUCGCCCGGUUUAAGGUACGGAAGUGUCUGUUUGCCUGUAAUGGACGAGGCGGAGGACAGCGAGGAGGAGCCCAAAUUCCAGAAGGCUCGACCCCUUCAAGUAGCCAGCUCGGCUGGAUGCGAGGAUCAUGGGAGUAGCAGGGGGACCAAUAUGAAGAAAUUCUCGCCAGGAGGCGGAGCCGUCUCUCCUGUGCGAAAAAACUCCAACAACAAUGAGCUCUUCCUUUUGCGAGGCGAGGACUCCACACCUUUCACUCCCAGCGGCAGCUGUGCAUUUGCUCUGUUGUGCCAGAGGGAUGCUGCUGGCGGCACAGAGUCAGACCACAGGAGUGCAGGGGACACAGUGUCUGAGGCGGGCGUGAUAGGAGAGGGGGGCAUCGGUAUGAUAUGCAACAAAAACGGAGACUGUAGAAGAGACCCGGCCAGUUCAGGCAGUCUUUCUUCUCUCAUCUCAAGACAGGAGAAGCAGGCAGAUGGAGUAGUAGCAGCUGAAGACGAUAAGGAGCUGGCUGCGAGCAUGGACGGCUCUGUCACUUCAGCAGGGUCCCUGACACAGGGGCCUGGGGCCGAGGUCAAGACGACGGCAACAACGGAGAAAAAGGACUCCAGAGUUUCCUUCUCCAACCCCCCGAGUAGUAAAGGACUGGCUCAGCAGCCAAGAAGUUCUGUCACGUUCAGCAAAGCAGAGGACGGCUCUCAGAUAGUGCCGGAUGAUGGAGAGUCCAAGGGGAAUCAGACAUACAUGCAGCGGCAGUUUAGUGCCAUGCUUCAGCCUGGAGUUAAUAAAUUCUCCCUGCGCAUGUUUGGCAGCCAGAAGGCAGUGGAGAAAGAACAAGAACGCGUAAAGUCAGCGGGUAAUUGGAUUAUCCACCCAUACAGCGACUUCAGGUUCUACUGGGACUUCACCAUGUUAAUGUUCAUGGUUGGCAACCUGAUCAUCAUCCCUGUAGGCAUCACCUUCUUUAAAGAUGAGACCACCACACCCUGGAUCAUCUUCAAUGUGGUCUCUGACACCUUCUUCCUCAUGGACCUAGUACUCAACUUUAGGACUGGUAUCGUGUUCGAGGACAACACCGAGAUCAUCCUCGACCCCAAGAAGAUCAAGAAGAAGUACCUGAAGAGCUGGUUUGUGGUGGACUUCAUCUCCUCCAUACCUGUGGAUUAUAUCUUCCUCAUCGUGGAGAAGGGGAUUGACUCAGAGGUGUACAAAACUGCACGGGCACUCCGCAUUGUCCGCUUCACGAAGAUCCUCAGUCUGCUGCGUCUGCUGAGGCUGUCUAGACUCAUCCGUUACAUCCAUCAGUGGGAGGAGGUAUGCUGA